CCGAUGGAUGCGAUGGCGUUUCAACGAGCUUUUCAUAGGUGAAGGAAGAAAAAACACUAAAGAGGAAACAAACCAUCCAGACAUGCGGAACCAAGACCGCGGCCUUCGUCGCAACAAUUAGUCCCGUUGGAAAAGUUCCAUCUUUUUCGAACGUCUAAACGGCCUUAGUCACCAUCAAUCACACCACUCCUCGAUAGAUCCCCCGCGUCUUUGCCCCGAUCGUCUCUCAGUCGCGCGGUCCGCCACGAUACUUGCCACAAAGCGCCGCUACGCCCAGCCGCACUGAUGUCCCGAAUGAACCGUUACAAUUAGCUUGACGUUCCUGCCACCAUCUUGGCAGACACAUUUCUAGCUGGUGGGCGCCGGCCUAGACCCGCCUGGCUACCCAGCAUCCUAGCCUAGGGUGCUAACCCGGCAGCUGUAGCUCUUUGAUCGACACCACUUUCUUCGUUCCCUUGGCGCAGCCUUUCGAGUCUCGUUCAUUUUCUUCAAUUUAUUUCGUUAUUUUUUAUAUGUUUUUUUUUAUUCGUCCUCUUGCCCAGUAAAUUCAUCACGCCACUUAGUCGGCGGACCAGAAAUUCCAGGUUGCUCAAAAACAGCUCUUCUUAGCAAAGUUCCCGACCAUGAGCUCCGCAUCCUUUGACUUCUAUUCCCAACCGAAAAACAACCCGCUCCAUACCAAUAGUAUGAAGCGUAGUCUGUAUCAAUGAUCUGGUACCUUUUAUAUCCGCUCCGGGGCACCACCGAAGCUCCUGUACUCGCGCCGUCUCAUCCUUUCAGAAGGAGCCUCACUCGUUAUGGACGUUACGUUGCGCGACAUGUCGAUACGGUACUUUUGCUUGCCGUUGCCGUUGCGGCCGUCUUGACAUACCCAUUCCCAUUUCUGUAUACAACAGACUUCUCAAAUGGUGCAUCCAACCUCCCCCACCAUGUCUGGACCGAUGCGCAAGCCGUCAAGGCGCAAGCCGGAUUUGAGCCGGAUGUUAUCAUGCGCACUGUCUGGGUGCAUGGCAGCUAUAUGAAGGCUUUGGACCGCGAGGUGAUACUGGGCGCACUCGAGCUGCAGAACGAACUGCUAGGCCCGACCAAGGACUUCAACCCCAGACGACCCCUCGCCAUGGCUACCGUCACGGGGCUCCCCAACGGAGAUUUGACUCCUGAGGAGCGCGAUACCUUCCACGUCAUCAACGGACGGAACAACAUGUCGUGGUUCUACCACUCACCCCUCCAGUACUGGUCAGGAGAUGCGCAGAAGAUUAUAGACGAUCAAGACAUCAUCGGGACCGUAAACGCCAAGAAGACUUUGUCGACAUCGGUAAACGUGACCUUGCGACAUUCGAUUGUAUUCAGUGGCAAGCGGUUCGAGGAUCGUCGCCUCGUUGCCGCCGAUGCGCUGGUCAUCACGCUUGUUCACCUACGAGACUCUCCAGUGGGUCGCCAAUGGGCAAGAAAAGCAGAGGCGCUGGCACUGCGCAUGAAACACAAAUGGACGGCCUAUCCUGCCGAUGGGCGCAGCAUGCCUAGCCAGUUGUACGAGUUUCAAUUUCGCCCAAUAUCCUUCUGGGAUCUGGUAUGGCUCAGCUCAGCCUACUUUCUCACCUUUAUCUAUUUCCUGCACAGCCUUUCGAAGCUGCGCGCAGUCAAGUCAAAGACUGGCUUGAUACUCACCGUUAUCGUGCAGAUUUUCGCCUCAGUAAUAUCGAGUUUCACUGUUUGCGCAGUGUUUAAAAUCGACUUGUCCAGGAUCCCUCAGGCAGCCUAUCCUAUCGUCGUCUGGUCGAUGAGCUUGGAGAAUAUGUUCAGACUCAUCAACGCUGUCAUUGUAACCCCAUCAGAGGCCAGCACUGGCAACAGGAUUGGCCAGGCUUUUGGUGAGACGGCGCAUGUUGCAUUGGCUAGUGUCCUGCAAUAUUUGCUCAUCAUACUAGGCUUGUCUCGUGUUGUCUUCCCUGGAGUGUCGGCCUUUUGCGCUUUUGCGGCAAUCGCAAUUCUUUUUGACUUCUUCUAUCUUUCGACGUUCUUCUUAUCGGUUUUGAGCGUCGAAGUCAGGCGCACCGAGCUCAGCGACGCACUCGAGAAGUCAUCUAAAAAACACACCAGAGCCGUUUCCGAGGAACGCCCCCAGAAGUCUUGGAUGGAGCCACUUUUUCAGGGGAAAAUCGCACUGUCUACACGUAUCGCCGGGAUUAUCGUUAUGCUCGCCUUUGUUCUCGUUGCACAGUGGCACUUCUUUCAAAGCGAAACGGUCCUGCGAACCUUGGGAAAAAUGUUUAGGAGGAGCAAAGCUACUGACCCAUCCAAGCCAUCCUUGCUGGUCGAUGUUCAUCAGGCAAGAAGCCCUACCUCAUGGCUACGUCUCCAGGACCAUGAUACAGCAAGGGAAGUGAUACACGUGGUGAAGCCCAAAGCCCACAGUUAUGUCGCACGUGUUUAUGACCCGCUCGUUUUCGUCAUGAAGGGAUCCGAUAGAAACCCCCCGAGGGGCGAACGCCUCUUACUUCCAGCAGUAUACGAUUUUGUACAUCACCAAACCUUGCCGCUCAUACUCGCGAUAGUCGUUCUCUUAGCUCUUGUUCGACUAUUGCUCAACUACCUACUCUGGGAUGAGAUCGCAGGAGCGAGGGGUGGGCAUGAAGCGGACGAUGAUCCACUAAUUUCGGUCAAGACUGUGAAUUGCGGUCACACUUUGGAUGUGGCCAUGAUGGCAGCCACUCCGGAUGGACGCGUGGUUUCGGCUGGUCUCGACCGGAUGAUCUGGGUCUGGGAUGUUAGGUUCUUGGGUACAAGCUACGUUGUGACGAGUCCAGAUGUCCCCGAAAGAGACCCAUUUCCAGUGCUCGGCAUGGCGAUCGACGAUGAAUCGCACUGGCUUGCACUGCUAUCUUUGUCAAAAAUUCGGCUGUGGGAUCUGGGCAGACGGACAUGGGGUCCAUCCGUGAAGGUUGAACUUUACGGCCAGAAAGCCGAGGCUUUCUAUUUUAGUAACAGACGGAAAGGCGCCGAUCUUUCGAUUGUGUUGAUGAGACGAAAUGGCACUAUGGUAGAGGUGUGGCCCGAUUCAGGCGAGUCGAGGGAGUAUGUUGUUUGCAAGAGUCCCCUGAGCUGCGCGGUGCCUCUUGCAGACAAUCUUACUUCGAGUCAAGCUACAUCAUUCCUGACACUUUCUCGACGAUCAUGUAUACACAAGGGGACGACGAUUGGCGAUCAGUGGGAGAUAGAGGAGGUCAAGCUUCCGUCGGGCGAGAAGGACAUCCAUGCAGUUCUCCCUAUGCCGUCAUACUCGGCAUAUCUGGCUGUCCGGACAUCAUCUGUGGAGCUCGUCGAUUUCGCCACAUCUUCUGUCAUACACACGUUUUUAACCGACCAAAUCCAGCCCAGGACGCUGAACUUUUUCCACUCAUACCCCCGAAAGACAGAGUCCGGUGCCAAAGGGCUCAGCUCAUUUACACUGGUCUACAUAAAGGCGGAAUCGGGCGAUUGUAUCCUGCAGACAUACCUUCCAGCUGCAGAAGAGGGCGGUACCAUCGGCAUUCGGAAUUCUCCUUCUGGUGCCUGCGGAGGAUGCUCAUGGAAAGAGACCCGAGAGGUUAGACGGACUGUGGAAAACCCGGGGGUUUGGGCGGCCUUGCCAAGCGGCUGUGUAGUGGGCAUACGCCAAAAGCGCCCCAGGAAGUCGACACCGCCGCCUGAGCCUCCUGUACAAACAAACGGAAAAGUGCGACGGCGGAGGGCCACGCCACCACUGCAGUACCUCUCAGGCAGCAGGGCUGAGGAUAACCACGAGGUCUGGACAGUUACGCAGCUUGAGAAGAAGGGCGACUAUAACACGAGGCCACUGAUGCUGGAGGAUGAGGGAGAUCUAUUAGAUCAGCACCUCAUGAUAUCGGAGCUCGGCCCUAUGGUCAAGGUCGGUAUGGGGAGCAUCGCCGUUGCGUUCGGCAACAUCAUCAAAAUCAUCACCAUCGGUCACGAGCGCUUUGGAAGAGGAUUUUAUGACAGCGAUGGCCUGGUUGGUAGCCGCAGGCGAAAACUAGGGGCCAGUUCUGCGAGGCAUCACCGAGGUACAAUUACGCCGGGUUGACAUGGGUCUACACCAUCAUGUUAUCCUGGGGCGGCGUUUCGGUUUGCUAUUUUUUUGACAUUUGAAUUUUCUUUUGCACUUUUCUUUCUUUCUUGUCUUCUGCGACUAUACUAUACCCCCUCUGUUUGUAGUUCGCACUUUUAUGGAUUGAACGUGGUUGUCGGACAAUUUUCUUUUUGUGUUUAUAGCAGUACAUAUCCCUCACGGGGUCGCUACAAGGGAUGGAUGCGGAUGAUCAAUGUGUAGGAGUAAUACGAAGCAGAAAAGCAGGCGUGGGAAGUAGCAUACCUGAACCUCGAUUCCUUUCCAUUUUUAUUUUAUUUUAUUUUACCAAAAAUCGUGUUGUGUUAGUCAAAUCAACAAAC